GUGCCGUAGGUGAGGAUCUCGGGAAGCGUCGUUUUUGCGGGUUUCUGCUCCUGCCCUACUCCGCUCGCCUGCUCUCGUCAUGUGGCCUCUUCCUCCUCUUUAAUGUCUCAGUAUCUUCUUUCCCUCGCACCUUCGUCGACUUCCCCUCACUUCUCAUUGCAAGUCAUAUGGAGGAAUCUAGGGUUUUCUCUGAGCAGGCGAACCCCGCCAGAUCAGGCGCUGGAAUCAUAUCGAGGAUUCGGCUGGAGAAUUUCAUGUGUCACAGCAGCCUACAGAUUGACCUGGGUGACUGGGUGAACUUCAUCACAGGCCAGAACGGAAGUGGAAAAAGUGCGAUAUUGACGGCGCUUUGUGUGGCGUUUGGUUGCCGGGCUAAAGGCACGCAAAGGGCGAACACUUUGAAAGAUUUCAUAAAGACUGGAUGCAGCUAUGCUGCUAUUUUUGUUGAAAUUAAGAAUGGAGGAGAAGAUGCUUUCAUGCCUGAGACAUACGGUAAUAUGAUAACAGUAGAGCGUCGCAUUACUGACUCAAGCAGCUCGAUUUCCUUGAGGGACCAUCAAGGAAAAAAGGUUGCUCAGCGGUCUAAGGAGCUUGAUGAGCUUAUAGAUUAUUUUAAUAUUGACGUUGAGAAUCCUUGUGUGAUAAUGUCUCAAGAUAAAAGCAGGGAGUUUUUACAUUCUGGGAAUGACAAGGAUAAAUUUAAGUUUUUCUUCAAGGCCACACUUCUUCAGCAAGUUAGCGAGCUACUUGACGGUAUUAAAAGCCACUUGAAUGCAGCUGAUGCUAUUCUUGCUGAAUUAGAAUUGUCAGUACGUCCUAUUAUUGAGGAGGUGAAAGAAUUGCGUGAGAAAAUUAAGAACAUGGAACAUGUUGAAGAAAUUGCGCAGGAGGUUCAAAAUUUGAAGAAAAAAUUGGCUUGGUCAUGGGUGUAUGAUGUUGACAGACAAAUUGCGGAUCAAAAUGUUAAGUUUGAAAAACUUAAAGAUCGGGUUCCUACUUGCCAAGCUAGAAUUGACCGACUAGCAAAUAGGUUGAAUGAACUGAAGACAUUACUUGAUGAUAAAAAGGCCCAAAUCAAAUCUUUAAUGGAGAAGACCUCUGAUGUUAGAAGGAUGAAGGAUGGAUUGCAGAACAAUCUUUUAUUGGCUAAGAAGGAGAGAGCUGAGCUUGAAGCAGAGUAUUCUCGAGGUGAUUCUUUGAUAUCUGAAAUGAGGAAACGUGUAAGAUUGCUGGAGCAGCAACUUCAUGAUACUCAGGAGCAACAUAUGAAAGUUACACAGGCUGAGGAAGCUGAGUUUGAGAAACAAAUGCAGAAACUACAGGAUGAGAUUAAUAUAGUUCAAAGAAAUGUUUCAAGACUGCAGGAAGAAGAGAAGGCACUAACAGAAAGAUUAUUAAUUGCCAGAGAAACUAUUAAAGAGCUUGUAAAAGAGAUUUGGCUUGUGCAGGUUCAUGAUAAUGAAAAAAAAUGUCAUGGUCUAUGUUCUCAAUCGCAAGCUCUUAAGCAACAGCAAACAAACAAGGUAACAGCAUUUGGAGGGCAUAAAGUUCUCAGCCUCUUGCAUGCUAUUGAGAGGCAUCAAAGAAAGUUUAAAUGUCCUCCAAUUGGUCCAAUUGGAGCUCAUGUGUCUUUGGCAAACGAUGAUACCUGGGCUCUUGCCGUUGAGAAUGCCAUUGGAAGGUUAUUAGAUGCCUUUAUUGUCUCUGAUCAUAAAGAUUCACUUGUUCUAAGAGCUUGUGCUAGAGAAGCAAAUUACCAUAAUCUUCAGAUUAUUAUCUACGAUUUCUCAAGGCCAAGGCUUAAUAUACCCAGUCAGUUGCUUCCUACGACAUGCCAUUCAACUACUAUCUCAGUCUUGCAUACAGAGAAUCCUACAAUAUGGAAUGUUUUAGUAGAUAUGGGUAGUGCCGAAAGACAAGUUCUUGUUCCAAACUAUGAGAUAGGCAAAGAUGUUGCUUUUGAACAGAGAAUUCAAAAUAUGAAGGAGGUCUACACUUCUGAUGGUUUUAGAAUGUUUUAUAGGGGUUCAGUCCAGACUACGCUUCCACCGAACAAGAGGAUUAGGAAUGGUCGCCUUUGCAGCUCAGUUGAGAAUCAAAUUCAUGAUCUUGAGAAGGAGACCAAGAUCGUUCAAGAGUUGAUGGAAAAAGGAAAAGAAAGAAAAAGAAAUGCUGAUAGAGCUUCACAGGACCUUGAAGAGGAAGUACGAAAUGUCAAGAGGCGGCGGAUUGGUGAAGAAAGAAGUUUAAUGUCAAAGCUACUCACAUUGAAAGAUAUGAAGAGCUCUCGUUCUACUGAGGCUAUUCCCGACACAGCAACAAAUGAGGUGGAAGUUCGUCAAGAAAUCAUGCAAGUGCAAUAUGAUAUACAAGCAAAGGGAUUGCUAUUAGAGAAAGUUCGAGUGCGAAUGAUAACGGCGGAGGAGACGGCCAAUGAUCUUAAAAGAUCUUUUGAGAGUUUGUGUGAUUCAGCUAAAGGAGAAAUUGACACCAUAGAAGGAGCUGAGCGUGAACUUCUACUGGCUGAGGAAGAACUAAAUGUUGCAGAGGCUGAGAAAGCCCAUUACGAGGGAGUAAUGCAAAACAAGGUACUGCAUGAUAUUAGGGAAGCAGAAGCUUACCUAUCUGAGCUGCAGCGCAUUCAUCAGGAGAAUUUUAGAAAGGCUUCCAUUAUUUGCCCGGAACAUGAAGUGAUGGCUUUAGGAGGCUGCUCUGGGAGCACACCAGAGCAGCUGAGUGCCAAAUUGAACAGAUUAAACCAGAGGCUGCUGCAAGAGAGUCGGAGAUAUACAGAAUCCAUUGAUGAUCUCAGACAGAUGCAUGAUAAAAAGGAACGUAAAAUAAGUAAAAAACAGCGAACGUAUGCAGCUUUUCGUGAGAAGUUAAAUGCAUGUCAAAAAGCACUUGAAUUACGCUGGAGCAAGUUUCAUAGAAAUGCGAAUUUCUUGAAGCGCGAGUUAACAUGGAAGUUUAAUGGGCAUUUACUAAAGAAGGGUAUAUCGGGGAAAAUCACGGUGGAUUAUGAUAAGAAACUUCUUUCAGUAGAGGUAAAAAUGCCUCAAGAUGCUUCAGGAAACAACAUUAGAGACACUAGAGGCCUUUCAGGUGGAGAGCGUUCUUUCUCUACACUUUGUUUUGCACUAGCUCUUCAUGAUAUGACUGAGGCCCCUUUUCGAGCUAUGGAUGAAUUUGAUGUCUUUAUGGAUGCAGUUAGCAGAAAAAUCAGCUUAGAUGCUCUGUUAGAAUUUGCUAUAAACCAAGGUUCACAAUGGAUAUUUAUUACCCCGCAUGAUAUCAGUAUGGUGAAGGGUGGGGACAGAGUCAGAAAGCAGCAGAUGCCAGCACCUCUUUCCUCGUGAUUUGUGCUCAUCACUUGUUGUUGCAAUGAAGGUAUGAACUGAAUCCUUAAAACGGAUUUAACUUGGCAAGUGAAUUUUCAGAUUAGCACAAAUUGCUAUUUUUAGUGUUUUUCUAGCAAUAUCUCAAGUUUUUGUGUGCAGUUUUGUAACAUGAAUGAAAUGUUUCUGUAUAUAGCUGAAGCUCUCGACUUUUUUGUUUUUCUAGGUGCAAUUAAUUUGUCAACUUUCGUUUUAUCACAAUUGUUGAUAUUUCUGUAUUUGUAAUUUAUAAAGUGGCUGUUUGAUUUC